UCAAUAAGCAAUUGCGCCUAAAGUUGCGGUUGGUUUUUAAACAGCACUGCUCUUAGCACAGUAAACCCACGCAACGUAUAAGAACAUGGUUUACUCUAAAUAAACUGUCAUAUUCCACUCCGUCACUUUCUCCCGCUUCCUAUCUGGUAUCUUAGGGGGAUUUUAAACUCCCGGCAACACAAGGGGGCUCGUUGCUUUAAAGCAUGGAAAGCGAAAGUAUGUUGUAGAUCAAGACAAGGCGGCUGAAAGCAAGGAAAAGCAUUGUGUUAUAUGGAGCUGAACUCUGAUGGUUAACAAAGCACCGUAAUGAUUGGGAAAGUCUGGACACUCAUCACUGCAUUUUCAUUCAUCACGUAUAUUCAUCAUGUCCAAUCUGAAUGCAUGCCUCAAGAUUUGAAGACACAUCUGUAUGAUGAGUUGUUGAACGACCACAUGUUUGAGAUUAAGAUAUUCCCAUCUGAAACGAAGGAGAACGAGCUUCUUUCAGUAAUAAACACUCUAUGUUCAUCCUGGACUAAAAAUAAGAAUAAGGAUAAAGAUAAAUUCAAGAUACUAACAAGUUUUGAAAUAAUGCUUGAAUUUUUUCAAGAAAGCAAUUUUGAAAUGAUUUGUGCGAAUCUCAAUUGCACAGAUGCUUACACAUUAAGCUGGGUUAAUGUAACCGUAUUUGGUGAUAUGUAUAGAAGAUCUUGCAAAGGAUCAAUAUCAGAUCUGAAUUGCCCAUCAAAAAGCAAAAUAACGACCAGCCCAAGCAUUGCUGCUGCUGAAAAGACAACAUUUGUUACAACGGUCGAUUCAAUCACCAUAGCUCAUAAAAGUAAGCAAAGCUCACCACCUUUAACAACGGUCAGCCCAAACAUCGCUGCUCCUGAAAAUAACGCAUUAAAAGAUGCUCAGAGUACCAUUAACACAUGUUAUGGAGUCCUUGUUUUCUCUCUACUACUGAAUGUCGGUCUAUUCCUGUACUUUUUUUGUUUACAGAAAAAUAAGUCUCCAGCUAAGCAGACAGCUGGAGAGAAUGUGCCCCUUAAUUAGAUCUGAUUAGUAAAUGGACAUUUUACCGCUUCAUGUUUGAGAACAGUUAAUCCAUGCUAUUCACCUGCCUUGUUCCAGUUGACUGUUUGGAACUGUUUUUUUUUUUUUUUUUUUUUUUUUCAGACAGUUUCUGUGGUCAUCUUGCUACCACAUAUGCAUAGCACAGUGCUGUCUUUGAAUUUGUGACUAAUCAUCCAAAGUACAGCUUAAUAUUCUCAAACAUGUCCACACAACCUGUGUGUUUCCAUUUCUAAAUGUGAUUGUCUUGAAUUUACCUCCAUAACUGUUAUCCUUAAUCUGUCAAGCAACUUAACUGGUUUUUGAAGUUGUCAUUUGUAAGUCGCUUGAAAUAACUGUGUCUGUUAAAUGAUUAAAUGUAAAUGACUCUGUGUGCACUGUGAUGAUCCUGUCAUUAUGAUAUGCUUUAAAAAAAAUCUGUGUGCCAGAGAGUUUCUUUAGGAAGGAGCGCGGGCCAGGAACAGUAUUUACAGAUACUGCUACAAUAAAUCUAAUCCUGUUUUUUUUCAGCAGUUAUUUUAUUUUAUUGUUUAUAUUGUUUAUAUUUUUGGCAUAUUUGUGUGUUUCAGGGUACAAUGCAUCAUUUAUAUGUUCUGGGUAUCUCAGAAUGUUUAAUUUUAUUUUAUUGAUCUUUUACUGAUGCUUCUGUGUACGUAAAAGUGUCUCUGGCAAUUGUUUGCUGCAAAAUGCUCACAAUAAAACAAGAAAUAUGAUGUGUAUCUUGAACCUCAUUUAAUUUCACUUAAAAGUUCUCAUUAAAAAUGUUACUGACA